AUUUGUCUGGUGCCACAGUGGGACCGUAGCAAGCUCGGCCGGCACAACAGCGCCCUCCUAGGUCAGCAAUGCCGUGAGCGGCGCUCGAAACAGCCCCUCAGCUACAGUGUGCGCGCUUGCGAGAUGCAGACGGAGCCGCGCAGAGCGCCACUAAGCUAAGGCACAGCGACCGAGCGCACAGACCCCGCCGCUGAAAAAAAAGCCCAGCACAUCCAGCCGCGGACCACUGUACAACUUCCCCGCAAACACCGAGACCGGAAAGAUGGGAGGCAAGCUAAGCAAAAAGAAGAAGGGCUACAAUGUGAACGACGAGAAGGCCAAGGACAAGGACGCCAAGGCUGAGGGGGCUUCGGCCGAGGAGGGCGAGGCCCAGAAGGAGAGCAAGGAGGAGGCACCGGCAGCAGCCGGGGGAGCGGAGGCGGCAUCCGGCGAAAAGACUGAGAAGGAGGCGCAGCCAGCCGCCGAACAGACGGCGGUUAAGGAGGAUGACAAGGGUGCAGCCGCCAAGGAGGUCAAGGAGCCUGAGAAAGGAACAGCCAACGCCAAGCCCAAGGCCGAGGCAGCCAAGAGCGAGGAGCCUGCCGCUGCCGCCCCUGCUAAGGAGCCCGCUCCGGAGGUGAAGGCCGAGGCCCCGGCGCCCCCAGUGGCCGAGAGCAAGCCGGACAGCAAGACUGAGGCCGACGCCAAAAAGACUGAGGCUCCCGCGCCACCGGCAGCUAAAACCGAGGCGGCCGCUGCCCCCCCAGAGCCCAAGCCCACGGAAGCGGCGGUCCCGGCCCCCGCCAAGGAAGCCCCAGCGAAAGAGGCGGCCCCUAGCUCUACAACGGCCGGCCCCGAGAGCGCGGCCCCGCCCAAAGAGCCUAACGCCACAGAUGCUCCCGUUCCCAACAAGGAUCAAACCGUAGCAGUUCAGGAUUAAUGGACAGCUUCUUUUAAAACAGAAUCAACGACAAAAACAAAAGAAUAAAAUCAAAUUGAAUUGCCCAUCCACAUUAUUAUUAUUAUUAUUAUUAUUAUUAUUAUUUUUCUGCUGUAGUAUUUGGACUUUGAUACAGGUCUGUUUUACCUGCCCGCCUGCCCUUGCAUCUUCAUCUUCCGCAGCCAUGGAGUUUCUUCACGCCAUGCAUCCCGCCUCCGCCAGGAUGCCCCAGGACCAUAAACCAUUGCGCUUUCAUGGGCUAUCCACGCUGCAGAUGUCUUAAAGUGAACCGGAAGGGUAGAAUCUCUUUACCAGCUGGACAUGCACUCUUCCAGACCCCGCCUGGACCUUCCCUGCCCCCCUCUUUCCCUUCUCCUCUUUCCUGCCCCCCCCCCAAACAUACGCCCUCCUCCUGGGGUGCUCUGCUCUUUUGCUGUGCGUGUAGGGUCAGCGCCGAAUCGAUUGCGUCAUGAUUCCUCAUCGUCCCUGCCGCCCUCCCCCCCAUGCCCAAACGCGCGCACUUAGCCUCCCCCCCGCCCCCUCCCCCGUCGUCCUCGCAUCUGGUACUUUUCACCUUGCUUUGGUGGUUGUCGCUCCCCCACCUCGUCCCUCUCUCCCUCCGCCCUCCCCUCCUCCGCCAGGCUGGAGCUGUCACUUCCCGCCCUUCCCGGCAGGACUCCGGCAGCUCGAGGCCCAUCCUGCUCACAGCGGUGUCCCCCUCCGCUUCUCCCCAGCCUCCUGAUUCCUCGCUCUCUUCCCCGCAUACAUGUCACUUGCCUGUCGGUGCCUCAGUGUCUCUCGGCCUGCAUUCCGGCCGGACCGGCCGUAGGCGCCCUCGGCUCGCACCUCCGCCGUCCGUGUCUCUUUUUGCGGUGUUAGGCGAUUAACACCCCCAGGGCGGUGCCAGCGAUCUUCCCGCGGUAAAUCACGGGAGAGGAUCCAUCCUGCUUUUAUCUGCGCUGACAGCUGGUGGGUCAGUGAGCCAGAUUCCCGGAGUCAGGCGCGGCUGGUAAACAGGCUCGGAAACACGGAUCCCACCGACCUCCUGCCUCCCUGCUCAUUCUGUGGUCUUUUCUUUUUCUUUUUCCCCUCUAGGUAUAUAGAUAUAUAUAUAAAUAUAUAUUUCUUGCUAUUUAGGUUUCUACUGGCUAGCAUGCAACGUUCCCCCGGAAGUCGAUGUCGCGCCCCCCCACCCUCCACCGCCCCGGUCCCCCCCACCCCGGCGCGGUCGCGCGCUUAAAAACGAAAACAAACAUCUCCCCGACGUCUCCAGAAUGUUCUGUUGGCUGGGCCACCUCUUCCUCUUUUGACCGAAGUAAAUGCAUGUCAGUGGUUGGGUGCACCUGUAGUCCUGUUUAUCGAUCAAGUGGAAAUGGAAUUAAAAAAAAUAAAUAAAAAAAAUAAAGUCUGCAUUCAUUACAGUUACGGUCACUGUUUCAUUAUGUGUCUCUGACACCAAACGCAAACCACUGAGAAAAAAAAUAUGUAAUAUGGAUGCAUUCAAAUUCUAUGUACUUGUAUACAUGGUGCAACAGUAAUAAAAUGUAAGUAAUGGAUUAAAAAAA